CCCCUCUCCGCAACGCUACAAACAACUUCAAAUUCUUAUUCAUGUUUCUUGUCACGACCGUUGCUGUCGCUGAGAGCGCGCAUUUUAUACCCGUAUUUCGCGUAAUCUUAUCGAAAUGUGCUCAAUGUUGAAUACUCAUUGUGAAUUUUGACUGUGAAUUACAAAACUUGUAAAAGUGAAUUCAGUGCGCUACCGGACGUUACAUCUACGCUAUGAAAAUACACGGACGCACCAGUGGUUUUGUCCUUUUUGUUUCACCAGUGGUUCGUGAGCUGCUUCGACGCAGGGUUACCUUUGCCAUGUGCAUCAGAUAGUUUUGUGCUCCUAUUAGUUUGUGAACAAACUAAUAUGUUAGCUCAUGGAUUGGGCUUGUGAGUGGUGAGGUGUUUGUUAUCACAGUGUGGUGAAUCAUAGUGGAGUGACAUGAAGGUGACGGUGUGUUUCGGCGCGGUCCGGGUGUUGGUGCCGUGCGGCGCCGGCGACCUGCUGGUCAGGGAGCUGGUGCGCGAGGCUACACUACGCUAUAAGAAAGCGACUGGACAGGGUCCAGAGACAUGGGUGGGCGUGCGAGCGCUGCGCGCCAGCUCCGGCGGUAUCCUGGACCCAGAUGACCGCGUGCGGGACGUCGCUGACGAUCGGGAGACACUCACAGCAGAGUGCACUACACAGACGCCGCAGCCUCGCGCCGCGCAGGCCGAUGGCGCCAGUGGAUCCUCGGCUGGCACCGCCUCACCUGACAUGUUUCGGGGAGGUGGCGGUGUCGGCGGCAGUAUGCGGGUCCCUAAUACGGAUUCCUGCGUGGAAGUCGGCGCGGCGGACCUGGAAGACGGCUCCAACGGCCUGCAGGUCCGGCGAGGCAGCGAACCUACCCUGCAUCAGGACACCCUACCCUCACAAAUACUACCGGUAUCGGAGCAGACCAAACGUUGGUCGGCGGCCGUGGUCUGCCGGGACGACUCGAGCCGGAUCACGCAGAAGGUGCACCCGCUCCCCGACGGCCGGCUGCCGGACCCGGCCCCGGACAGGCACUCACAUCCCGGGAACCACUUCCAGAGGCAGACGAACAGGCUUUCGAUGCAGUUUUCGGGGCAAGGAAGCGGUGUUUGGUUAGACGCGGCCGAGCGGAUACAGAGUUACGGCAGUAAAAGUCUUCCCAGGGACCCGAGACGGGAACCCUUGGGACAGGACACGCCCCACGACAAUCAAAACCAUAGGGUAGAGGACAUGCUGCGGUGGGUGUCGGGACUCAACAACGUGGCCGGCGUCUCUCCUGUGCAGGAGCGACCACUUGAUCUCUUACCUGAAGUGGGUAACAGUGAGCGCGCAAUCUCAGGCAUGGAGGUCCCAGUGAGUCCGAGCAGCAAACCGACCUCCGGCGCCAACCAAACUGUCUCCGUGGCGUUGGUAAAAGGCGAGAAAGGGCUCGGCUUCACCAUCACCACUAGAGACAACCCCACCGGCGGACAUUGUCCGAUUUAUAUCAAGACCAUCCUGCCAAAGGGUGCGGCAGUAACAGAUGGUAGACUACGAGCUGGCGAUAGAUUGGUUUCAGUAAACAAUGUGUCAGUGUCCGGCCUCACGCAGCAGCAAGUGGUCACCCUGCUGAGGAACACCCCCACCGACUCCACUGUCAACAUAGUUGUCGAGAGGACACUGCCUAAUAGGACACAGAGGGUAGAACCCCAACAAAGUCCAACGAAGUACGUAGAGAAGGCCAUAGGAUCUCCGGCCUCGCUGGCGAAGGCGGAGCAGAAGCCGAGCGAGGCCGAGAGCGGCCGCGUGUCCAGCCUCGUGAGCGCCUUCAGCCAGCAUUGCAGCGCCGCGCCGCGGGGCUCCUCCAAGGACGACCUGCUGAGGGAUCACAGCGGGGACCAGGCUUUGCAGGACGCCCUCAACUCCUCUACUAACUCUAUUCUAAGCCUCCGGAACAGACUCAUCCUGAGGCUGGACGUGCCGGUGCACGACUCCGAGAAGGCGGGGCUGGGCAUCAGCGUGAAGGGCAAGGUGACGGUGGGCCCCGACCCGCAGGACCUGGGCAUCUUCAUCAAGUCCGUCUUACAUGGCGGCGCUGCGUCUCGGGACGGCCGACUACACACGAAUGACCAGCUGCUGAGCGUGAACGGCGUGUCGCUGGUGGGGCGGAGCAACGCGCGCGCCAUGGACGCGCUGCGCCGCGCGCUGCUGCACGCGCGCCCGCGUGCUGCAGCGCGCAUCGCGCUCACCAUCGCCCGCCGCACCGAAAGCAUGGACAGCCUGGCCAGGUGGAAAGACGACACCCCUCCAAACGGAAACUCGAACGAUUCCACCAACCUCUCCAACGACAACUCCAACUCCAACCAAUUCAAUACAGUCAUCUACAACAGCACGGACAAAGAAAACACACCUGUCGAUUUCAACAAGUACAACCAAAAAGACGGCUUUGACAGCCACGACGGAAGAAAUAGCAAAAAACAUGCUUCUAUUGUCACAAUUAAUAAUAACACUAGUUGGGUUUCGAAUCAAUCUGAUGAUAGCAAAGGUUAUUUAGAAAGAGACAAAGAUACAGUCCCUCAUGAUAGUAAGAGAGAUAGUUUUGAAUGGAGUAGGUUGGAUGGGUGGAAUCCUGUGAUAGACAGACUGACGGGGCUAAGGAAUGAGAGUUACUAUAUGGCGACGGGGCAAGAUGGGCCGGUGGUGAACGGACAUCAUUAUAGACCGAAUAUGGGACAUGUGCAUAUGUCACGAUCGCCGCCUGCGCAUCACAACGUCAUCAUUGAGGAAGAUUAUGGAACUACGAGGGGCAGCGGGAACGGGAACGGGAACGGGAACGGGAACGGCGGCGAGUCGGGCAGCGAGUGCAGCGCGACGAGACCGGGCGACGCGUUCAGCCGCGACGCGGUGGGGCGCCGCUCCAUGUCCGAGAAGCGCCACGCCGCCAUGGACGCCAAGCAGACCGGCACCUACAAGAAGAUCAAGGAGAUCAAGGCUAUCCACUCAAUGCAAGUAGGUCCGUCACUGGGCAUGCGCAAGUCGUCGAGUCUGGAAUCUCUGCAAACCGCCAUACAAGAGACGCAGAGGCAUCCGCGAAAUGAGCCCAUAUACGCCCGGGCACAUCCACCGUUGAAACACUGGCUGACGGACGACAACGGGCCCGAGGGCAUCGUGAGGGGCUCGCCGCAGCAGUCGUCUCUCUCACACAAGAAACCUUCGCUGUUGAAGUCUCUCUCCACCAUGUUCAGAAUUGGGAAGCCACACAAGAAGCCGGAAACGGAAGUGUACGGCCGGUCGCAGCCGGGCCGCGCGUCUGAGAAGUCUCUGUCGAGGGACGCCAUGGAGAGGCACAGGAGGGACUCCAGGGAGGCGCUGGAUGACGACGGGAACCAACAGCACAGAGUGGAAGCAGCGCUGGCGCACUCGCGCCAGAGCAGCUCUGAGCGCAGCCACAAGUCGGAGCGCCGCGCGCCGCCGCCCUACCGCACUGCGCCUGCGCACCAGCCGGCAAUGGACAGCGCGUGGGGAGCCAGCGGCCAUUACGCGAAUUACGACGAGAUACAACAAAACCUCAAUGCUCGUAGAGAAAAGCUAAGUGAAGUUCAGAUCGGGCAAAUGAGAAGACAGGUCCACGCGCAAAGGGCCAAGGCGGAGGAGGAGAGUCGUCGAGUCGGCGUCGGGUCGGCUGGCUACCACUCGCAGCGGUCCUGUAGAGAGGCCCCGCGCCCGCAGUCCAAUUACUACGAAUAUGAGACGGCGCCGCCGAGAAGACCAGGAAAGCUCUCUCACUAUCAUUGAUGUAGGCUACUUUAUUCAUCUUGUAAAAUCCGAUCACGAUGUAUUCUAGAUAUACCAAAGGACAUGUGAUGGUUGGGAUGGAUUUUUGUUCAUCUGAAACUGAACAGUAUGACACGAGAAUUUAUAGGUAGGUAAAAUCAAGAAGACUCGAAAUUUAUUUUAAAGCCCAACGGCUUUAAAAUAAAGUCGGUUUUAUCGAAAACAUUCAAAGAAGUUCAAUGUGUUUUUAUAUAAUUUUCUACCUUUAUUUCUGGGAAAGCUAGCUAUUCAUAGCCACAUUAAAUACUCAUUCCACUCAUAAUAAUAAACAUGUAUGCUUUUAUGACGAUUGGAAGAUGAGAGAAAUUACGAAUGGUCAGUUUAUUAUGCUAUCCAACAACCAGUGAAAAUAGAACAGUACCUAAUUAUAUUCUAAAUUUAAAUGCAUGUGUGACAUGCAUGCACCGAUAUAAACAAAAUUGUUCUUUAUACAGGUAUAUUUUGGCAACACCGACCUUUCAGUACAGUAGGUUUGGAUAACGACAUAGAGCAUCUCAAAUGAAAUCAAUAGCAAAAAAUGUAUUUUUUCACUAUCUGGUUUUAAAAACAUUCUAUCUGUGCUGAACGAUUGACAAAAAGGUACCUAAGGUAUACUGUAGUAGUAGACAAAUAUAUAUAUAUAUACAUAUAUAUAUAUAUAUAUAUAUAUAUAUAUAUAUAUAUAUAUAUAUAUAUAUAUAUAUAUAUAUAUAUAUAUAUCUCGCGCACAACCCAUUAGAUAAAUUUAGAUAGUUUGGUUUCUAUAUAGAAAUUAGUAUGUUAUGAAUUAGAUGUUAAUACUAACAAGCGUGAAAUUUUACGAAGUUACAAUACGAGUUUAUUACCUUUUAAACUCGAUUACUUGAAGUCAUACACGCACCAUACAAAUACGUAGCACGUUGCUAACGUUCACAUGCUGUCUUCUUCCCAUAUCGUGUACGCAUACUGUAAAAAAAGACGUGUGGUCGCAAUGACACGCUACGUGUUUUAUGUUUCAUGGUACCCCCUUGUUGAGUACGUCUUAUUUACUGGCGACUACUAUCUAAAGAAAAGAAAAUUCAAGUAUUUAUGAUGCUUCUUAUUCUUUUUACAGAAACAUUUGUUUCAUUUCUAUAUAAAAAUUAUUAUUAAAAGUAUUUUGUUUGCUAUAAUCAAAAUUUCGCAACUCCUAUUUACAAAUAAUGUAAAUUUAAGACUUUUUUGGAUAUUAAUGUGUAAGUAACCUAUUUUUUUUUUCAAAAUUCUAAAGAGAGGUUAUUAUGAGUGUAAUUCGACCGAGUCGACUGAGAAAACGAAAAUUAUCAUCUUGUAUUAUAAAUUAGAAAAAAAUAUUUGUAUCAUUUCAAAUUAGAUAAUCGGUGUCAUUUACACGUUCAUCAUUAUAAUGUAUUGAAAAUUAUUAUUUUCAAUAUAGCUUAUGAUUGAAAUCUCCAUUUUAGUCUGUUAUUUGUAUGAUAAAAUGUAGUAGUAUUAUAAUGGUAGUGCCAUUAUAUAUAUUUUUCAAAUCUUGAUACUUACACAAUAGGUAUGUUAGUAUUGUAAAUAGUAUAUACUACGAAGGCACUUACUUAAAAUUGUGAAAACUUGAUCUGUGUUCAAAUAUAAAAUAUAGCCUAAAUCUGAAAAUGUGUCAACUCCAUAAAUAUUUCUUAUAUCUAUGGUCAGCUCUAUGUACUUAUAUGUACUCAUAAUUAGUACCUACAUAAAUCUCAUAGUAAGAUAAUGUUACAAAUUAUAUAGAAUAUAUUUUAAUCGAUAAUAGUAUAAUAAUAUCACAUAAAUGUCCGAUUUAUUAGUGUAUUUCAGUUAAUGAAUAUUGCCUAAUCUUUGGCAGUUAAAACUUAAUUUCAGUUCUUCUUUAUUGAAAACCGAAGCGGGUCUAAUACUUUAUAUUUUAUUCCAAGUAAUACUUACUACUUAAAAUCAAUGAAGCUUUAAAAUAAAUAAAUGUAUGUAAUUAUAUUAAGAGAAAUUGAUUGAAGUCGUUGCUAUAUUUGUAUGACUGAAUAAUUUAUUUGUAUUACAUAAAAUUUUAUAAACCGAAGCUCCUAGUUAAGUAAUACGAUGCUUUAGAGUCUAGGGUCACUUCAUAACCAUUGACCUUCUCUGUAUUUUCCUUUAAUUAUUAUAAAAGUAGGAUUCCCAUAUUGUGAUAAAUGUUAUUAACCCCAUAUAAAGUGUUGUUAUAACAAAAAACCUUGUACCUUACAGCUUAUUUGUUUAGAUUAAAGGGACAAAAAUACAAUGAAAAUCUUUUUCCUAUCACUAUAGGUACGAAACAUUUUUUUAUUUUGUUUCUUGAUAACGAAUCUGAUUCAUUCCUCGUAAAAUGAUUUAAGUACAUACGUACCUAUCUAAGCAAAUAAACUGUAUAAAAAUAACGAUCUUCGCGUAGCUUCUGGGUGUUAAUGAAAUAAGAAAAAUAUAUAUUUGCAUACUCUGGAGAAACAAUCAUGUAAAUGUAUGUGUAUGUAAAUAUAACUUUUUUACUAGAAACUGUAUAAAAUAUUUAAAGAAAAUUUUUAAAUUAGGUACUGUAGAUUUAUUGUAGUGGUGAAAUCGAAAAUGUUAAGUGAGAAUUAUCUUUUAUGAACAAAGUACUGUUAGUCAUAAUGCAAUCGAGUUUUGCAUUGAAGUGUCCAUAUUUUUGUACAUAAUCUAAUAAUAGACUGUAUUUGUAGAAUAUUCCAAUAUUAUUGUGUAAUAUCAUGCGAAAUUCGGCCAUCUCUAUCAAGCAAAUACAAGUAUUAUGGUAAU